CGAGAAGGGAUGGUAGCGCAGAAUUAAAUGUAGAGGAGGCCUGGGUUUGACGGCUGAAGGACAAAACGCGUUUUCUGUGAAAGUGCAGUCGAACAUUUGCAUACUGUCACGUAAAUGCUACGUAACUCCUUCGAUUAGCGUCGGGAGAGCUUGGGAAACACUCCGAGGAGAAGGAUCAGUUUUCAGUAUGAUGAGACGAGGAUGAGCAAAGGUGCAGUGUUUUUGCUUUUUACUCUUUUGAUUACCGGGAUAAUAUGUCUGCUGAGUAUUGUCCUACAAUUAGACAACUCGGGGUCGCUCUUGCGUGGGUCUUUCGACUCGUGGUAUAAAAAUAACCUUACUCUCGCCAGAACAAGUCGGAUACGAGCGGACUAUGUGAAUCCAAACCUUUCAUAUGAACACUGCAGUAUCAUAUUUAAAUGGGGUGAAAUGUGCCCAAAGUUGUACACUGAACUUGGAGGAAAAUGUGAUUUGGUAGACGACACUUUUCAAUGCCCGGACAUUCGUAACUUUUCAAAAAUUCGUCCGCGUCAAGCUCAACUUGUUUUGACACGAAUGCUCCGCAUCUUCGAUAUCCUCGCACAAAAGUAUGGAAUCAAGUACUGGAUUAGCCGCGGGACUCUACUCGGAGCUGCUAGACACCAUGGAUUUAUUCCCUGGGACGGGGAUGGCGAUAUUGAAAUGCCCUUAGAUGAUUACGUCAAAUUUUUUCAAGUUGCGGCCAAGGAGUUACCGGCCGAUAUAUUUUUUCAGAACUCCGUCAGCGACCGUGCGUUAAGACCGUCUGAUGUAAGCCAUUAUCACAGGCAUGAAGUAGUUUUUAUAUAUCAAGCAACAUAUAACCCACGACUCAGAGACAGAAACAGUUGUUAUAAAUACUGUAUGACUUACAAUUGUAAAUGGCACGAUGGACUGAUGAUCGAUAUUUUUGUAACACCAGACGUGGACAAAGCGAUUUAUCCUCUGAGGAAAAUGACGUUCGAAGGGUUCCCUUUCAAUGUGCAGAAUAACUGGAGAGAUGAUUUAGUAUCCCGCUACGGAGAAAAUUGGUUCGAAUAUCCAACGAACAGACCACCAGAGGAAAAUCCUGAUGUAUUUAAUGGCUGUGAGAAACUUAAGAAACAGAAAAAAUCAGGCUAGCACAGAUUAGUCUCGAUUUUCAAAGUGAUGUUUGAUUAUGCGCCACAUAAAUGAAAUUUAUCUUGACAACGUUAAUAUUUGAGGGUUAGAUUGCUUAUUUUCGAUCGAAAAAUCGCGCAACGAAGCAUUACAAAAUUUGUAUUGAAUAUCUCCAAUUAUUAAUUAUUUUGAUCAAUUCCUAAAUUGGCAAAAUUUGUAUUCUUUUGAGCAUGUGAAUAAAUAAGUAAGUUUAAUAAAACCUUCAGCCUGCCUGAUGACCCAGGCCAGUUGAUGGCCUCGAUAAAC